CGACACGGUCCGAUCCAGUCACCUGUUUCAUACUCCGUAGUUUGGACUUUGGGAGUUUCAGACAUCGCCGGAAUUGGGUCCAAUUUGAUUCAAUUCAAUUUUCCACAAAGCAAAAAAAAAAAGGCAAAAAGAAGAAAAAAAAGGAGAGCUAAUCUGACAGACAAAACAGUUGGAGAAGGAAGAAGAGGGAUGAAGGAAGACGACGGAAGUGUGGGCGGCGCCGCCGCCGCCGCCACAGUGGACACCGGCAGGGCCGAGAGAUCCGUGUGGCUGAUGAAAUGUCCUCUAGUUGUCUCCAGGUCAUGGCAGUCUCAGGCGGCGGCGGCUACCUCCUCCGCCGCCGCAGAUAUUCCGCUAGUCGGUAAAGUCGUUGUUUCUCUCGAUCCGCUCCAACCAGAAGACUCUCACCAAUUUACCAUGGAAAUGGCUGGGAAUGAUGUUGGGAACAUCCCCAAAGGCUACUCUUUGGACAUGUCCAAAGACUUUGUCCCAAUGUGUAUUUUCUCUGAGACAAAUCAAGGUAAGGUGGCCAUCGAAGGGAAAGUUGAACACAAAUUUGACAUGAAGCCUCACUCUCGGAAUAUGGACGAAUACAGGAAAAUGUGUCGGGAAAGAACAAAUAAAUCAAUGAUUAAGAACAGACAAAUACAGAUAAUCGAUAAUGAUCAUGGUGUACACAUGAGGUCAAUGCCUGGAAUGUUGGGUUUGAUUGCAUCCAGCUCUAAGGAGAAGAAGAAAGCAGCUCCAGUUAAGGGACCUGAAGUGAAAAGAACUCGACGGGAUCGUGGUGAACUGGAGGAUAUCAUGUUUAAACUUUUUGAAAGACAACCUAAUUGGACGUUGAAGCAACUUGUCCAAGAAACAGAUCAGCCCGCGCAAUUUUUGAAGGAAAUAUUAAAUGAGCUGUCUGUGUACAAUAAGAGGGGGGCAAACCAAGGCACAUAUGAGCUGAAGCCUGAGUACAAGAAAUCUGCAGAGGAUACUACCAGUGCAGACUAGGGGUUGUCUUCUUUCCCACACUGUAUUACUAGACUGUGUUAUGUAAAGUUUUGUGAACUUUUAAUCUUGAUUUUCUGGAAUUACUGGUAAUGCUUCUAUAACUUUUAAUUUUUAUUACAUGAUGAAUUUACUAUUAUUAAUUCUGAAAAGUACAGUCCAUCAGGCAUGUGAUUGGCUGACAUGAUGAAGAAUUGAAUGUGUGUGUGUGUGAGUUAACUCUGAAGAGCUUUUUUUUUUUGGAGCUUAUAGCUUACUAUACGCUCUUAGUAAGUUUAAGCUCUUUUUGGCACAUCAAUAAGAACUCGAGAUGAUCUUUGGUUUUGGCUUAAUAAAAGAAACUACUGUAGCAAAU